AGGACUCCGACGCCCUGGCGCUGAACAGCCGCGCCAACGCCCUGUGCGCCGCCUGCGGGCUCCCGCCGAAGUCGCUCCGCGGCCCCUGCUUCCUGUCGCGCACGGAGGAGUUCAUGCCGGACGGCAACGAGAACCCCAGCUGGCGCCGGUGCGACUUUCGCCUGGCCGACUGCCGCUCCGACGCCGCCUGGGUGCAGGAGCUGCGGGAGGGCCGCGAGCGCAGCGGCGCCCGCGCUGACGAGGACCGCAAGUGGUUCGAGAGCCUCGAAGACGGGGACGAGCAGCUGCCGAGCGGCGGUAACAAGGACUACUCCUGGUCGCAGACCGACGACGAGGUGGAGGUCACGUUCUCCCCGGCCGCCUUCCGGGGGAUCCGCGCCACUAAGCGCGACGUCACCGUGAGGAUCUCCGCCAGGUCCCUCUUCGUGCGUCUCCGCGGCCGCGUCCUCGCCAGCGGGCCCCUGCACGCGGAGGUGGACCCUCUGGAGUCGACCUGGACGUACAGCCAGGGCUCGUACGAGCUGCAGGUGACGCUCGCGAAGGUUUCACCAGCGCUGCGAGCUGUGUCCAGCAGUUAGGACAGAGGCCAAGCACGAGUGCGUCUGGGCGCAGCUGUUGUCGGCGCCCGAGCCGGGGCC